AGCCUACCAGGCCCGUGAAGGACCCCACAGGUAAACUGGGUUUGGGGAUGCCGCACGUUCGAUAAUAGGUGGAUGGUGUUGAGAGCUGGUGGAAGGCAGGCGGCUUAAAGGUCACGCUGUGGAGAAAAAGAGUCUCUCGCAGUGGCUCCUUGCUCCGUUCUUAGCAUGGUAGUUGCGGAAGUCGUCGUGGUGGGAUCCUGUAUGACUGAUCUGGUGAGCUUUACCACACGUCUACCAAAAGCUGGAGAAACCAUACAUGGGCAUAAAUUUUUCACUGGAUUUGGGGGGAAAGGUGCCAACCAGUGUGUUCAGGCAGCUCGGCUUGGGGCUAAAACCUCCAUGAUCUGCAAGGUUGGGAAGGAUUCUUUUGGUAAUGACUACAUUGAAAACUUUAAAAAAAAUGGGAUUCCAACAGAAUUUGUAAGUCAAACAGAGGAUGCUGCAACUGGAACUGCUUCAAUCAUGGUCAAUAGUGAAGGUACAUAUCAAGGAAUAUCCUGAAUUUUCUCUAGUUUUGAUUUUUGUAUGAGCUUGUUAGUUUUGUCAAGUCUCAUACAAAAAUGAAGAUGUAACCAAGGGAGUUUUCACACAUGUAAUAGGUUAUCUAUACCAUGGAGCCCAGGAGCAAAUACACAUAAAGUAUGUCCUAUGCCAUUAAACUUUGGAUGGCAAGUGUUGGGGGUUGAGCAGGCCUGGCAGCAUCAACAGGACUGCAGGAGACAGCUGAUACCUUUUCAUUUUCUCUCUGUCCUAAGUUCUUCAUGUGCUACACACUGCUCUCUUUGAGUCAUUCUAUAUAAAGUGUAGAUUAAGCUUUUACAAAAUCCUGCAAAUACAUUUGUCUCUAAUUAAAGGAGAAGGAUGAGUGGCAGACCUCUACCUUAUACUUGUUUUAUCCCAUUAUCAAAUUCAGUAGCACUCUUUUCUUAGGGCAUAGGUUUGAUAUACAUGAGCAAAGGUUUGGUAAGCAAAAUAACAGGCAUUUCUGUACCAGUUAAUUAUUACAUUAGGCAGUGGGAGUCUAACCUACUCAGAAUCUGCUGCAGCUUUCAGUCUGGUGCCCACCAACAGUGUUGUAACAAAUCCAGUGCAAUACAGCUGGAGGGUACCAAUUUGGAAAGACUGGUCUCUUUUCAGCCUUUCCAGAUGGCACAUGAAGAUAUAGGCUGGGAUCUGGAAAGUCUCUUUGGUAAACCAAAAUUCAUGCAAGGGUUUCCUCCCCAGCACAUUCUUUCCUGUUCUGGAGUACCUCUGGACCUACCGCCAGAGUUGUUCUUUGAAAGUUCAAAAGUGGUUGCUAAAGCAAGAGGGGAGAGUUGGUAAAUCCCUGUUACAUAAACUAUACACUGCCGAGGUAUCUCUGGAUGCUGCAUCUGAUGCAGUUUCAUCAGUUGGUCCGUUUCUAUCUUAGCUUGGCCAUUUUUUGCCAGCUAGCUUUUAAGUCACUAUAUAAUGCCUGCUUGAAGUAAACUCAUCCAUAAGCUGUGUGAGACUUGAUCAUUUUGAAAAAUCUUUAAAUCAGCUUCCCCUAACUUAAUAUUCUUGAUGCAAACUAUGGUCCAAUAGAUCUCAUUACCCAGUCAACCUAGCUAUGGAAGUGAAAAUUGUUGUAAUCCAAUACAUCUGGAGAGUGCCAGUUUGGGGAAAAGUGGUUUAAAUCUACAAUUGCAAAUAGCCUUGUGACUGUAUGUUAUUAGACCUGUGAAGCACUUUGGAUUCAAAGGGAAAGAGUUGCUUUGAGCACAUGGAAGUCCAAAUAAUAGCGCACCUCUGCAACUCCUUUACAGCAGCUGCCACUUUCCCUUGCAUGUCAUCUUUGUGAAUGUGAAAGAUUGCAGCCAAUCAGAAUUAUCCAUGUUGGAUUCCAGACUUUGCCAGUUCUGGAGCCUACUAUAUGAGGGUUGGCUACAUUUUCAGCUAGCUAGAGUUUCAGGCCCCUUCAUGGAUCACUGCCUUGUUGUGACGAAGGGGCUUGUGUAACUCACUGAAGCCAUGAGC